GUUCGCUUUUCUAAAUCAUAGCCUUGAGUGUUUUGGUAGAUAAGGCUCGUCUUGACAACUGUUAUUGCGGCGAUAUUUUAUUUAAGUUUACGGUUGCCCUUUGGAAACUAUUCCCAAUUCCAUGGUCGGUCCGGAGUCCGCUCUCACUUGUUACCGCUGAAACUAGGAUUCUUGGCCAGCAAAUACGCGCGGGUCGCAAACGACAGAGCCACUUCUAGCAACCAACCCAAUUGCCAUUGAACUAUCAGCUGAAUUUAUACGAUCGUUGGAAGUAGCUGCCUUGAUACCUAAGUAAUCGCCAGGGGUGACCUUGACCGUUCGGUUUCCUUAGGUGACCUAUCGUAUUUAGUGUCUCACUUCUGCGUUUGCACCUAUAACUCCUAAUAUCCCACAACCUUCCAGACAACCGAUCUCUUUUUACCAAAAACAAAGCGCAACAUCAACAACCAUCGGGCACAAUUGCAUAACGGUAAAAUGGCGACGUGCGGAACAUGCUGGCGCCAGUUUAGAAACACAUAUGCUCGACAACAGCACAUGGACGCGCUAGAUCAUGACGUCCCGGAGCAUGAAUGUGACAGGUGCACACUAUACUUUAUGUCGCGUAGCGCAGUGGUCAACCAUAUGAAUGCCAAGAAUCAUUGGUACUAUGACUGCGAUUUCUGCGACGAAACAUGGCCAGAUACCGAAGCUUUGGAAGAACACGAGAUCGAGGAACACCUCUACUGCGCUGAUUGUGACCGUAGUUUCACAUCGCGUAACAAUAUUAGGAUGCAUCGCAACUCGCGCAUCCACCGCGGCGCAAACAUGGAAUGCCCCUUCUGCAGACAAUGCUACACAUCCGCAACCGGCCUCUCGCAUCAUCUCGAGAACGGUGCAUGCCCGCGCGCUCCGUCUUUGAACCGAGAGGUUGUGUACGAAAUCGUUCGCUCCAAAGAUCCCGGCGGUCUUAUUUCUAAGAACCUGGUCGGUUGGAGGGGUAACGCUCCCUACUAUGAGGCCACGGCGCAGGCUUGGAAUGGAUAUGCUUAUGAGUGUUACUUGUGCCAUCGCCAAUUUGGUAGACUUGAGUCUUUGAAUCAGCAUUUGAGUUCUCCUGCUCAUAAACAGAACCUGUACCAUUGUCCCCGACGCAUUAGCUGUGGUCGUGAGUUCACUACGCUCGCGGGUCUCAUGAAUCAUCUUGAGAGCGAGAGCUGCGGGUACACCAAGUUUGAGAAUGUGCAGCAGAGUGUUAGGGGGAUUGUUAGUUCGGAUCGCCUUAUUGGGUUCCGUUGAUACCUAUACAUGUCUGCCAGCCAGGUAAUCGGCUUCCAGGGUCGCUGAAGGAUAAUUGUUGUCAACGGCAAUUGAUGGGGCGCUAGCUUUUGACCUCGCGAUUGAGGUCGAGAUUUAAUGUUGUGGGUAGGUAGAUUGGUAAUGAAGGAGACUUCGGUAGGAGAUUUAGGUAUCAGGUUCAUAACCUUUCCUCGCUACCUAGGUACGCAAUAAAGAAAUUGUUAGGGGCGCCCAAUCAAUCCGUUCUGAGUCAGAUCACUCUGCCAUCUCCCUCGCCCGUGAGAAACCAUCGAAGGCCUGAUAGAUCUGGACGUGAAUACAAGGUAUGAACGUAGCUAGGUAAUUGAACCGGCAAUGCGUAUCUAAAGUGCGGCUCUACUUUCUGGCAGGUGGAGAAAGCUAGGGCGUUCGCGUGGAGUAUCCGGUUCUAGAUGCGUGUCAAAUUGAGGGUCCGAUUUAAAAACUCAAGGCUAGCUUUGACAUUUCCUUCUUUUCAUUCUACUAAGUAUCAUGGCAGAUUCUGCUAGAUAAUAAUUGCGACCUUGACUUAGUCAAGUGAGGCAAUGGGGCCGAUCUAAGUACUACCUAGUACCUAUCAUGUGUCCGUCCCGCCGGAGCCCACUGUAGCGUGCAUAUGCACGCUCGCCUCGUCGUAGUGAGGAG